AUGUCCAGCCAAAAACCUGGAACACUGCCAUCAAGGACCCAACCAUUCGAUCUCUCUCCAGAACCAGAUCUACACCCGUUGUAUCCAACAGUAUCGCAGAUAUCUCAUCAACUCGCCUCAAACUCUGGCCUUGAUCCCUCGCAGAAAGCGGAACUGGUGGCUCAUUGCAUCAGUCGUGCCUGUGUCUUUGGAGACAUUUCCAUUCUCCAGUAUCUACUCUCCGAUCCCCAGGCUCAAGUUCAUGUGGACUUGGGUGUCCGUGAUGAGGAUGGAAUUGGGCUUAUUAGUCUCGCUAUUCACGGCUUCGGGAGCGACUCAGAUCGGGACGUGGAGCGAGAAGAAUGCGUACGAUUACUUGUUGCGCAAGGGGCGGAUAUGGGCGCAGACAAAGCUGGGUGGACACCUUUGCAUCAUGCUGUUAUUCUCUCGCCUCCCACACUAGUAUCUUACCUGAUGACCCAUGGGUACUCUCCUUUUGAUGUAACGCGACGCAAUCUGACACCCUUGGAUAUUGUUACGGCACAUUCGAUCUUGCCUGGGAGAGAUGAUGUCGCGCUUUUGCUCGAGGAGGCUAUGCGAGGUAACGGCUGGACUGGGGGACGAAUGGAACAGAAACGACGCCUCCACGAACAACGACUGAAGAAGACAGGGAAACAGAAGGAGAUACGCGAAGAAGCAUGCAAGAUUCUUGGGGUGAAUUUGAACCUCUGGGCCUCAGAUACAGAAUCUGCUUCUGAUUCAGACCUGGACGACAACGAUUUGGACGAAGAUGUUUAUACACCCAUUCCAGAUUACACCUCCAUGCUGGUGUUUUCACCUCCUCUCCUUCCUCAAAUCUUUGACUCCCUCAUCACAAACUUUCCAACGUCAUUACGAAACGCCACUCCUGCAAACACAUUGUAUAUGCUGACGAGAUUUGCAUGUCUCGCUUGUGAUCAUACGUGGCUGGAAGACUUCAUCAUCGGCGCUAGUGAUGCCAUUGAAGAGACUUUUUUUAACCGGGCAGAAGAUGUCACCUGCUUAAUAUUCUGGCUGUACAACACGAGUCUCUGGCUUCACCUGUUACAAUGUGACAACUCAAUAAACGAAGCCUGCGAGAUGUUGGGCUCUUUCGAGUUGAUCGAGGAAGUUAUAAACUCUGUGUUCGUGUUUAUCAUUCGCUUUGCGGAACAGCGAAUAGAUCAACUACUCGAUGCUACCCUUUUGGACUAUGUUCCCUUGACCUCUGAGUUUGAAGCUGUCCAAUUUGAAUCAGAGUGGUCGUUUCUACGCUCCUUCACUGGAAAACGCAAAGCUCCGAAUCCCACAAUCCCGACCACCAACCGUGGUGGUACUCCCUCAUCACCUCCUGCGAGCCCGCAUCGACCAAUCUCCCCAAGUCACAGCCAAAACACAAUAUCAUCCUCCAACUCUCGUAAAUUCUCAUCGUUGAAAGAGACCUUUACUCGUGGCCGUGCGGAUUCCACGCGAGCUCCAUUGUCUGCGCUCUUCGCUGAUACUUCGCCGCCGCCGUCUCCCGUUGAUCUCACAUCUUUCCUCACAGCUUUGCACACCCUUCUCGUUCUCUCCGACAUAAAUCCGGCCCUCACUACCCAAUUAUGGUCACAAGUGAUGUAUUGGACUGCUUGUGAGGUAUUCAACCGCUUAAUUACGCGAAAGAAGUACCUCUGUCGAUCAAGAGCCGUUCAGAUCAGCGCGAACGUCACCGUAUUGGAAGAAUGGAUCGAGGGAAUGGGGAUCCCCCCAGGUGUCCAAGUACAUUUUGCUCCUGUUCGAGAUCUGCUAAAUUGGUUGCAGGGCCUUUCGUCAAUAGUGGAAUUCCAGGACCUCGUUUUCACAAUACAGACGAUGAAGAACGUGAAUCCGUUACAGAUGCGUCGUGCCGUCCGUGACUAUAAGUAUGAGGUCAAUGAAGGUCGAAUGACGGAUGAAUGUGUCCAAUAUCUUACACAGCUUCAAAAGGAUUGGGAGAGACAUCGAGUGAAGCUGGGGGUGGAGGCUCUUCGAAAAGAGAUUGUUGACCGGGACCGGGAUAGAGACGAUGCUUCCUCAUACUUAAACGGCUCUUCCAGUGGCUCCGUGAAAGAGUCCUCUGCGUCUGUGAACUCAUCAGACACUUCUGCAACCCAACAAAGUAUCGAUAUGCUUUUUGACAAGUCCCGUGACAAGUCUGCCUGGGAGCCUGCAAAACCGCCUCAGGUGCUUGGAGAACUCCUCGAUUCAAGAUAUAUGCUACCACUUUUAUUUCCAUCGGACCCUCGUUUGUUGGCUGCUCUCCCAGGAAGGAAGUCAUUUUUUGCAGACGCGCAGCGAGAGCCAAUGUUGAGCGCGAACCCUCGUUCUCGAAGUUCAAGUCGAGCGAGGAUAAAAUCUGGGGGUCCUCUUGUUUGGAGGUCAAGGAACCGAAAGUUAAGAGAGGUUGAAGUUGGUAUCUUGCAGUGGGUCGAUGGAAUUAGGUCCGUUGCGCGCUGGGACAAACCCAUUGACACUGGGGGCGAAGAAGAGGACAAGGAAGACUGGCAAGCGUUCGAUGAUCGGGUCGGCGACGUCGACAACAUUGCGAUCAAAAUUAAUACCCACGUAACACCUCUCACUCGGAAACCAUCCGGACGCAGCAAGGGACGACCAAGCAUCGGAGAAACAACACCAAUUGAUCUGGCAUUGACAUGA